AUGGCGUUUGGGGGGGGGCCCCCCCCCUUCCCCGAGGCCCUCGCCUCCUGCCUGGCUUACCACGGGGGCCCCCUGGAGCUCAACGCGGCCCUGGCCAUGCAGUGCGUGGAUGCAUGCGCCAGCAGCAGCAGCAGCAGCAGCUACUUGCUGCAGCAAGCAGCAGCAAAGCUGCGCCAGGCCACGGACCCCGAGGGCAUGUACAGGGCCUUGGAGGUCCGCAGCAAACCCUGCGGGUUUCCCGAGGGUUUGGGAGGGUUUGGGGAGGGUUUGGGGUUUAAGCGAGGGUUUGGGGGUUUACGCGAGGGUUUGGGGGUUUGCGCGAGGGUUUGGGGGAUUAAGAGGGUUUGGGGGGGUUUAGGGAGAUUUGGGGGGGAUUGA